AUGAUUUCAUUCGCUCCGCCAUAUAUACCUGUGUUUUAUGAGAUAGCACGUCUCUUAAUGAAAGAAUGGUUCUUCAAUAUAUUCGCAAUCUUAUCAUCAGCGUUGGCAUUAUUCGUUUUUUACACAAGAGCAAAGAAACCUUUAAAUUAUGGUAAGCUUUACCAAGAGCCAGCCAUAAAGCCCAAGUUUUGGUUCCUCAUUCCUGCAUGGAUCGCAUUUUUCAUUAUAAAUAUCUUUCCACUUGCAAUUUUUGUAUAUUUCUUAUUAAUUUUCUCACAGCAAGAAGCUUCUAUCGAUCCAUUCAAUAUUCCAGCAUUACUGAUUGUAGUUUACAGAGUAUUCAGAGGCCUUAUUUAUCCAUUUUUCAAAGGAAAUUCCAGAAGAUGGCCAUCAACAGUUUUGGGAUACUAUUUCGGAGUCAAUAUCCUCAUUUCCAUAUUACAAGCAAGAACACUCAUGAUGGAGUACUGGGGAUUUGGCGGAAUUUUAAUUUACGCUUUAACAGGCAUUUGGUGCAUUUCUUUCUUAGUUAACUGCUAUUACGAUAUCCAUUUAGCUACAAGGAAGAAUAAGAAGAAACGUGGUUACAGUGUUGUUACUCUUGGUUUGUUCAAGAAAGUUGCAGCAGCAAAUUACUCAUUUGAACUCAUCAUGACAAUCUCAUGGGCUUUGCUUUGCAACCUUUCUAUUGGUGUCCUCGCUAUCCUUAUUUGGACAUUGCCAAACAUUGUUUUACGUGCUCGCCAUAUCCAGCAAUGGGAGAAGAACCAUUUCACAAAUGUUCCAUUGAAGAAGACUCCAUUGAUUCCAGGAUGGACUUUCCAGCCAAAGAGAGGUCAAUUCUACGGAAUAUUUGAUUUCAUGAUAUGA